AUGGAGGUGCCACCGCCCUCACAGGCCGAUGAGGGUGCAUCCUGCCGAUGGCGGCAACUGAGACCUGCACUCAUCACAGCUGGAGCCUGGACAGUGCUGUCUCCGCUCAGCAGCUGGACAUUCGUUGCGGCUGGCCCCAUCAUGGAGGCCGCUCCAAGGAAUUUGCAACUCAGGCCGUUUGCAAGCUCGUCUGCCUUCCCUGCAAGCAGAUGUAGGUCCAAAACUACGCAUCGAGAGGCGGAUGCCGGUUUGCGAAGUGCCUCAGGCAACUUCUCCUUGAAGGGACCUGCCUUGGGUGCCGCAGCGGUUCUGGGCUUGCGCCGAGUGUUAGGACACCGGUGCAGGCAGCCAGUGCAGCGCGCACAGUCUCCCUUUGCAGAGAUUGCGUUUGUUGCUGCUAUAUAUGGAACAGUUCGUGCCGCAGCACAUGCGUGGGUAUCGGCCACAGACAGCUUCGCACUGCGCGACGAGCUUUUUCAGGACAUGGCGGUUGCUCACACCUACAAGAACUCCAUUCGGCCAUGGAUUCAGUCCGGAGUCAUUGCGCUGAUUUCCAGCGUCUUCGUGGUGUUUGCCGUGAAGGAGUUUAUCAAGUCAAUGAAAGAAUGGGAGCAGCAGCAGGAAAUGAAAGAGAUGUCUGCGAUGGGAGAGGACGCACUGUUUCUCAUGUCCACUCCCGUUGAUGCGACACCACUAGAAAAGAAGAAAGACAGGAUGAGGAAGCGUCUCACUCCCCUGCCAAUGCGAAUUCUGGGCGGUCUUUUGGACAAAGUCUGGCUGCUUCGCGUUGGUGCAUGUGUCGGGUACUUGCUUCCCUUCUUGAAUGCUUUGGAUUUUGGUGAGAUCUCAAUCUCCUUAUAUCCGUAUGCGGUUGGGGUGCCGCCCUGUGAGCCGAUUGUCAACUUCAUGCAGCACACCUUGAAAAUGCGCUAUUUGUACAACGCGUACUUGAAGUCGGGUUACUACUUCCUCAUUGUGUGGUUCUUGUUCAUUCAGCUGGCAGUUAGGAACAAGGCUGCUCCUUUUUACGUUCGGUUCCAUUCAUCGCAGGCGAUUUUGAUAUCCAUGCUUCUUGGAGUUCCGCAGCAGGUCUUCUUCGCUGUCCUGAAUCCCUGGGAGUCUGGCCUCUGGGUGCAGACAUUUAUGUACCACAGCAUGGUGUCAAUAUUUCUCUUCAUUGUCUGUCUCCUCCUUUGGUGCUGUCUGAACGCAUUAAUGAAACGGCAGAUGACCAUGCCGUUGGUCUCGGAGGCUGCCGUGAUGUGGGCAGGAAAAGAGUGA